UCGGCAGUACACAACUAAAUUGGCCUGAGAUUUUCAAAUAAUGGCUUCUUUCUCAGGCUCAUGGCUCUUCAACUUCUUGCUGGUUGCAUUCAUUUUCGCGGUCGUUAGCGGAUCAGCGGUGGCCGUGUUCCAGCCAAGCCCGUGGAAGCUCGCUCACGCCACCUUCUAUGGCGAUGAAACUGCCUCCGAGACCAUGGGUGGGGCUUGUGGAUAUGGAAAUUUGUUUGUGAAUGGCUACGGAACAGACACAGCCGCGUUGAGCUCUACACUUUUCAACAAUGGCUACGCUUGCGGGACUUGCUUUCAGAUCAAAUGCGUGCAGUCGAAGGCGUGCUACGCAAACUUCGCGUUCACCACUGUGACAGCCACCAACCUCUGCCCGCCGAACUGGUCGCAGGACUCCAACGCGGGCGGCUGGUGCAACCCACCAAGGGUUCACUUCGACAUGGCCAAGCCCGCCUUCAUGAAGAUCGCCGAGUGGAAAGCUGGGAUUGUCCCCGUCCAAUACCGCAGGGUGCCGUGUGUGAGAAAAGGAGGAGUUCGGUUCAGCCUGCAAGGAAACGGGUACUGGCUAUUGGUGUACGUGAUGAACGUGGGAGGAGGGGGCGAUGUGUAUUCAAUGGCUGUGAAAGGAAGCAAAACGGGAUGGAUAAACAUGAGCCAUAACUGGGGAGCUUCGUAUCAAGCUUUUGCCUCUUUGGGUGGCCAAUGCCUUUCUUUCAAGAUCACUUCAUUCACAACUAAAGAGACCAUUACUCUGUGGAAUGUCAUUCCUUCCAAUUGGCAAGUUGGGUUGUCCUAUAAUUCCAAUUUCAACUUCCAUUGACUUCUUCUAUUAUUCCUCAUAUUUUCUCUUCCUUUUUGAUUAUUUGUUUGUUUAAUUAUCACCUCAACUUUCUACAAACGCUAUGUGAAAGGUGGAAGGGACCUAAAUAUAUUUGUUUUCGUGUCAUUUCCAAAUUGCUGGAUAGUUGUUUAAUUUUGAGAUGUGUAAUCUAAAUAGCAUAUUGAGAUGUUUU